AUGGUGGUGCGUAAGAGCAAAGGUCGCCAAAAGGUUCCCAUGGCGAAGAUGACCAGCGACAGCAACCUCCAAGUCACCUUCUCAAAACGCCGAGCAGGUCUGUUCAAGAAAGCCAGCGAGCUUUGCACCCUCUGCGGCGCUGAGAUCGCCAUCAUCGUCUUCUCCCCGGGAAACAAGGCCUUCUCCUUCGGCCACCCUUCCGUCGAAUCCAUCAUGGACCGCUUCGUCAACUGCGCCCCGCCGUCCGCGGUGGCCGGCGGCACGUUCCAGCUGGUGGAGGCGCACCGCAACGCGAGCGUGCGCGAACUCAACGUGCAGCUCACGCAGGUGCAGAACCAGUUAGAGGCGGAGAAGAAGCGCGCGGAGGCUCUGGGGGAGGCGAGGAAGGCGACGCAGCACUGCUGGUGGGAGGCGCCAGUGGAGGAGCUCAAUCUGCGGCAGCUGGAGCAGCUGAAGGGGGCGUUGGAGGAGGUCAAAAGGAACGCGGCGAAGCAGGUGGACAGGAUGUCGGUCGAUGCGGCGACCAAACCGCCGGUGCAGGCCCCAAACGUGCCGGUGCCGGUGCCGGCUCCAAACGUGCCUUUGCCGGCGCCAAACGUGCCGAUGCCGUUGUUUGGAGCUUUGUUUGACGGGAAGAGCGGUGGCUUUGGUGGGUUUGGUGGUGGCGCGCCCAUGGUGCCUCCGCAUGCAUAUGAUUUGGGGUAUGGACGUGGGUUCUUCUGA